AAACAGCAUACAGUCAUCCCCUGUAUAUAGCUACAGUGUAUAGUGUAAGACAAUAGGCAGAAAUAUCGCUGUCCAACAUGGUUCCAAUGAUUAUGCUUAGGGUGACAUUGGUCUUGGUGGUUUUAUUGACUGAACUGUACGCCAAAGAAACCGCACAGGGCUUCAUCAGUAAAUACAACAACUACAACACCGUCUGUCGAGGAAUGGGAUACGAAAGGAGAAGUUGCAAAGGGAGAGACCAUGGACUCAUUGCUUUCCAUGCCCGAACUUCGUCCGCUAUUCAGAAUCCCGGUAGCUAUGCUGUAGUUGUAUUUGGGAAAGUAACUCUAAACUCUGGAUCCGCCUAUAACGGUAACACAGGAAUAUUCACAGCACCAACAGAUGGCAUCUACUCCUUCACAUGGACUAUUAUGACAAAGCUCGGGUCACGUUUUAACACCGAGAUUGUCAUUAAUAGAAAUAUAGUUGGUUACAAUCAUGCUGACGGUAAACAUGGCAGUUCCCAGUACGAGUCUUCCUCAACAACAGCAGUGAUUAGAAUGAAGAAGAAGGACAAGGUCUGGAUAAGGACGCAUGGUUCGACCGGGGAAUAUGCAUACAUGGACUGGUCGUCAUUCUCUGGGUUUCAAUUGUAAAUAUAAAAAUGUUUGGGAAAAAUAAAGGAAUCAA